GGCUCAGUCUUCACUCGGCUUGCGCAUCGAUCGGCUGCCAUGAUCGACAGGACUGGCGCAGCUGUGUCCGCACUGGUCGGGCUUGUUUCGGUGCUCAUGCUCUGGCACAGCACCGGAAUGCUUGAUCUGUGGCCGUUCGCAUCUGCCCCCCAUCGCGGCGAGCACCUGAUCGUCGAUAUCACACCCGCCCCCGUCACGACACUGCACGAACACUACUGCAACUCCUCCUAUCCGUCGUAUGAGACGUAUCACCCCCUGAGUCCCUUGGCAAAGCUCCUUCAAGUCCAUGUGUUUCAUCGCCAUGGCGACCGGGCACCCUCUCGGAACAUCAACCCCGAGCCCAUCUGGAACGAAUGCGACGGGAUUGUCGAGACACUGCUGCUCCAGACCAGUGAUGAGGACCAAUCCGGCCGGAUCCCUCGCUUCACACGCCGAAUGCACAACCCGGGGCAAGGCGACACCCGAGACUACCGCAACGGCAUGUUCUGGGAGGGAAACUGCUAUGCGGGCCAGCUCACACGCAAGGGCGUCGAGCAGAUGAGGGCACUGGGCCGAGGUCUACAAAGCGUCUAUGUCGAUCCACCGAACGGGCACUCCCUCUGGAUCGACGGCGAGAAGCCUGAUAUCGGGGAUGUUGCAAUCCGAAGCACGGACGUAUGGAGAACAAUCCAGUCGGCACAAUUCCUGGCUUCGGCCAUGUUCCCCAGUGCAGAUCCGCUUCACCCCGUUGAAAUUGAGAUCAGGCCAGUCCAAGUCGACUCGCUGACCGUGUCCGAGCUCGGCUGUCCGCGACUACAGGAGAUCAUGAAAACGCUCAAGGGCAAGGGUACGCCCUAUGAUCACUACUACGCCGCUCCCGCAAAGCAGCUGGCCUCGCAAUUCGAUGCGAUCCUGUCGGCAUCGGGCAUCCCCCUCGAGCGAUACUUUGACAUGCUCAUGUGUCGCAGCUGCAACGACAAACCCCGGCCGUGUCAUCCAGCCAACACAUCGCUGUGCAUCACCGACUCGCACGUCCAGCAUGUCAUGGCCCUGGCCAGCAACUGGAUGCAAUACGAAUACACAAGCGGCGGGUCUCCAGCACGAAUCGAAGCAGCAAGGCUGCGUGUGGGCCCGCUGCUGAAGGAGCUGCUCGACAGAAUGCAAGCUGCCACCCACAGCACUUCCCGGCUCUCAGCCCCGAGGCUGUUCCUGUACAGCGGCCACGACACUACCAUCGGGGCGCUGCUGUAUCUGCUGCAAGCGGCAGACAAGCGCUGGCCAGGCUAUGCCGCCAAUGUGGCUGUCGAGCUGUGGCAGGAUGGCGAUGGUCGCUGGGUGCGGAUACUCUUCAAUGGCCGUCCAGUGAAAGCCUUGUCCUGUGACUACGAUCGAUGCGGCUGGCCAGCGUUCCUGGAGUACUGUAAGCCAUUUCUUCCGUCCGAUAUCGAUCGAGAAUGUGGUUCCAUGCCAGUCUCAGAAACCAGGUCCUGAGCACUGCUCGCAGAACCGAGUUCGUUGGCAAUCACAUGAAUAGACUUGGGUUGCAA